AUGAACGAAACAAAUUUCGAAAUGGAGAAUCAUGGGAAGAUAGAAACAGUUCCAAUUCAGAAACAAAAAGGAGAUUCCUUCGAUAAAGGUAAAACUACUGGAGAUAGAAGUGGUAGCAGUGGUAGCUGUGGUAGAUGCGGUAGUGUAGAUAUCUUCGAAAGAAUCCCUGUCGAGGGUAAAGUUGGCACGCAAAUGAGUGAGAAACGCCAACCUAGCAAAAUCAUAGGUCAUUCCUACAACCAGAAAAAAAAUACAAAUGAAGACAAGAAAUAUAUGACGAACCCAUUGAAUAAAACAAAGAAUACAUAUUUGACAUAUACCAAAUUGCAUGCAAGCAAAGGAGAAAGUGAAAUGAAAAAUUAUCAUCAAAUAGUAAGUCAAAAUGUUAAUGUGUCUGUGAAUGGAAAUUUAAAAGGGAACCAAAAGAAAAAUACAUUCUACUCUCCUAAUGAAUAUGGAAGAUCGAAUAAUAUAAAUGUGAUGAAUAAUUACUCGGGAGUUCAACGUCAGAUGAAUUGUAUGUUAGUAUAUGAGUCUACGUUAGACAACCAGCUGAACAGACAUACAUAUUCAGAACAUAAAAUCAACAACCAAAAGAUUAUCAAGAAUCAUCGAAACGAUAAAAGUUCAUAUACAAUACUGAAUAAAAGAAAUGAAUUCCAUUUUUCUGCAAAAUACAACAGUAAUAUUGGUGCAUUUCGUGAUAUGAUGUACGAGACAUCAAAUACACAUGGGGAAUUUCCCCGAGAGAAAGAUACUGUCUACGAGAAUGUUCACACAUCAAACGAGUUUCAUAUGAACGAUACAUCAAAUGAGCCUCAUAUAAAGGGCAUACGAAAUGUUUCUAAUGUAAGUAAAGAGACUUAUAGUAUCAUAUCUAAAGAGGUAAAGGAUAACCAAUUUCCCAGCUUAGGAGAGAGGGAUGAACAAUAUAGAAUCCAGGAGAAAGGGUCAGAUGAACUGAUGAAACAGAAUACUUAUUUUGCAGAUAAUGCACAAAAUGACACAGUGUACUCAAGGAUGAAGAACAGUAGCAGCUUAUUGCACAAGGGAAAAGUGGACUCCAAAUUUGAUGCUACUUCAGAACAGAUGGAUGAAAGAAAAUUUUCCUCAAAAUGUAACAACUAUGGUGCGGAGUACAACUAUGGAGUGGAUUACAACUAUGGUGUCGAUUGCAAUCAGAUGAAAUGUUCCAUGAAUCCAAUGCCAUAUGAAAAAGCUAGUUUCGAAUUUGCAAAUAAAAAGAAAAAUUACAGAACUGGAAUUUACAACAAUUUGUUUAAUAUGAAUGAACAAAGGAUAAAUUUUUUAAGAAAAGAUGCAACUACAUGUCUUAGUACCUUCAGCACAAGUUCCAAUUUUCCCUAUAGAUUCAACAUCCCUAUUUAUGACACAUAUAAGCAAAGUGAAUCGAAAGAGAUUGCUUUGAACCCACGAAUAAAUCAUGCAAUGGCUCUACCGUUUGAUGGUAUCACGGGUGGGAAGGACAAUGUACAGAACUUCUUCCACAAUGAAGUUACCAAUGUAAGGAAUUUGUCCGGUUCAGAGAGAAGGAUAUCGCUAAUGGAUGUGAAAACGAAGAGAAUCCAUGUAAAAGCAAUCGAUUCAUUGAACAGAGGGAAAGAUGGGACGCAAUCGUUUGCAAAGUCUAAUGAAUUGUUAAGAAAAAAUUACUUCAAACAGAAGCCAAAUGAAUUCGGAAUUUUACCUCUAGAAAUGAAAACUUUAAAUAGUUUAAACGUCUGCCUUAGUCUUAGUGUAAAAAAAAGAAUGAAGAAAACAAGAUUAGAAGAUCUAGGGAGAAUGAGUAGUAGUAUUAAUUCUAAAAUGAAUCAGAUGAAUGAAAUUUUUUUAUCGAAUAAUUCUAAAGGGACAAAUAAGAAAAAGAAGGGAAAUAAAAAUUUUAAUUUAAAUUUAUGCAGUGCUUGUUUAAACAUAGAUGAUGGUAUAUAUAUUAGACAGAUAAAUGAAAUUAUUAACAGAGAAAUAAAAUUCUCUGAUGAUGAUAUGGAAAUUUUGGACGAAUUAACAAAGUCAAGUGCUUACAAUUCUUACGUUUUUAAUAAUAUAAAAAGUAUUAGCAGUUUUCGCAAAGGUGGAUUAACAUGGAUAGUGUAUAAUAAUAAUAAUAAUAAUAAUAAUAAUAAUAAUAAUAGCAAUUUUUCAUGUGCAAAAACAAUGAAACAGAUAUGUAUAAAUUAUGACAAGGUAGAUACACAUAUGACUGAUAAUGAACACACAUAUGAUGAUCUAAUUAAGAAAAAUAUUUUUUGUACGAAUAAAUAUAUUAUUGAACCCACUAUUGAAAAUACAUGGUUAAAAAAAGUACUAUUAAUAAUUAAAAAAGAAUCUUUAGAUUUAGAUGCCUUUUUUUUUAAAUUAAAAUAUUAUUUUUACAAAUCGGUUCUGUUUUUAUACAGAGAAGGUAUCAAAUCAUAUUUAGGAGAUGUUGCUAACCAAAUGAAAAUUUAUAUUAAUUAUAAUUUCUGGUCUGCAUCUGAAGUUGCAUAUAUUCUUCGUCAACUUACCAAUUUGUGCAAUAUACAAAUUGAAGUAAGAGUGAAGGGAGAAAUUGGUUGUGUUAUUUAUUUAAACAAUGAGCCCAAAGACUUUCAAGGAUUUGUAGAUAGUCAUAACUUAAAUGAUACUUUUACUAAAAAAGACUGGAUAUUAUUACAUAAAUUCGCAAUCAAAAUGAUGCAAUAUAAGAAGGAUCAUAAUGAAGAUAAUCAAUACACGGAACCCAGUGCGCAAAUUUCUCUCCAAGAUUUAAUGUCAAAUCCAAGGGUUCAUGAGAAAGAUCUAAGUAUACAAGCAGACGAGUCGACACGACACAAAUACAACUCCCAGGGUCAGAGAGACAAAAGAGAAAAUUAUAGCAGCAAAAAUGACGAAGCACCACAGGAUGGAAUCACAAAUUUUGGAUUAUUAGCGAAACAGUUGAACCCUCGCUCGCAUCUGUGUAGAAAAGUCAAUGACGUGGGAACCCAGCAGGGAACAUUGGAACAAGUGGACGAAGCGGGAGAAGUGGACAAAGCGGGAGAAGUGGACGAAGUGGUCGAAGUGGUCGAAGUGGACGAAGUGGUCGAAGUGGACGAAGUGAUCAAAGAGGAGGGUCAGGAACCGAGUACUUUUCUCAUCAAAUUGACUAGUGGUAGUCUAUCCCAUCGUAAGGACGACGAGUUAGAGUUUCUCAGUUCUGCUAGCAUAGCUGUUGCUGCUGUGGCUGUAGGUGCAGAAUCGAUACCUCCACCCAUUACUUCACCCAUUACUUCACCCAUUACUUCACCCAUUACUUCACCCAUUACUUCACCCAUCACUUCAUCUAUCACUUCACCCAUCGCUUCACCCAUCACUUCAACUAUUGCUUCACCCAUUACCCCAGCUCAUGUUACUACCUCCACAGUUACUGUUACAACAAACACGUCCCCAAAUAGAAACGAUGAGGGAGGAGAAUGUAUCUUCUGCUCUCAAUCGAAUAAGAAGCUAAAGUCCUAUAUGUUCAACGGGGGACGAUAUGCAUUUGCUGCCAAGUUGAAACAAGAAAUUAAGCACUUCAAAUCGAAAAGGUUAGGUGACAUUAUACAUCUUGUGCAGCUAGCUAUACAUAAAGGAAUUUUUGUAUACUCACAAAGGAUACUACUACCAGUUUCUGCAUGCGAAAAAAGUGCUGAUGAUUUGUACCCCAAAAUAAAAAAUUUUAAUUAUGAAUUAUGUGAAACGCUAGAAGAAGUAAUGAGAAUCAUAUCUUUACUAGUUGACCAUAAGCCAAAUGGACUAGUUUUGGCACAACUGAAACAGCAAUUUAUUCUUCAAUUUAAGAAAGAAUUAAAUAGCUUGCACUUUGGUUAUAAAAAGCUGCAAAAUUUGUUGCUAGCGGAACCUUUCUGUAAAUAUUACAAACUGUAUAUUCCAAACUGUAAUUUGCAUAGGACUCAUAUUCAGCAUAAGAAGUAUAAGACUCCUGAUAACUGUAGAAUAUUUCAGAAGGAGAAUGUGAGUGCAGGGUCGUACCUCGAGUUUAUUGAUCAUCAUGAAUUUUACAAUUACAGCGAUGGAGAAUCCAGUAGGGGUGACGAAGGCCAUGAAGAAGACGUGGAUCCAGAUUCAGACACAGUGCCGGAGGAACAGGCAAAAGAAGAAGCAGCAGAAGAAGCAGCCGAAGCAGCAGAAGAAGACACAGCAGAAGCAGCAGAAGAAGACACAGCAGAAGCCGAGACAGAGGCAGAGACUGAAGAAGAACAAAGCGCGAAUUUUCUUGACCUCUGCAUGCCCUGUCCUCACAAUGAACAAAUCAAACGAAAGGGAAAUAUUGAAAAAACAAAUUGCAAAAGAAAAGGAAGUUCUAUGUAUUCCCCAGAACAGGCUGUCAUAAAGAGUGACGCACAAAGUACACAGCUCAAUGGAAGUAAUGAAAAUACACUGAGUAAUGUUUCUAGAAAUAAGGUGAUCCCAAAUGAACUUGUAAUCAGUGCGAAUAAGAACACAGAACAGAGUGAAGAUUCUCCAUUUCAUAAUUCCAUGAAUGAGAAAAAUGAUAUCCCCACUGAUCAGAAUUCCGUGUCCGCUUCGAUGGACGAACAUUGCAAAGAAAUAAAACUUGAACAGAGUAUUCUAACUUCUAACGAGUUUGAAGUAAAAAAUGAAAAUCAAAAUCAGGAUCAAAACCUAAAGCAGGAUCAAAAUCUAAAGCAGAAUCAAAAUAAUUUUACAAAUUGUGAAGCUCUUACCAGCAAGGGAACCCUUCUCACUGAGGAGAACCUGGAGGAACGAUUUCAGCAGAAUUGUCCAUACCUCACCGAGAAGACAAAUGUUCCAAUAGAAACAGGUAAAUCAGAUAGACAAGAUAAUAAAGGAAUGGAAUUUUUAACUAGUGAUACAUAUUAUAGGAACGAUAGAGAGAGUAACGAGAGGUUGAAUGGGUCGACAAAAUGGGAAAGGGGAAGAGAAGUUAUCAAUUCCAGGGGACACAAUAAAAAUGUAGAAAUUAGUUACAAAAAUUUGAAAAAAUUACCAGGGUUCAUUCAAGAUAGCAUAAAUAUAAUACUUGAUAAUAAUAAGGAUGAUUGUUAUUCUUCUUUGGACAUAAGAAAUGUGGUGCAAUUUUUUAAAGGAGAUCAAGAAAAUUAUGAGAAAUCUAACGAUGUAUACUUAUCUAUAUUGUCUAAAAUGUCAACGAGAGCAAGGAAAGACAACAAUAUUGCUGCAGAAUUGAAUGGAAGUAGAAAUGAAAUGAUAAAGGAUGCAAGCGAGAAUGUGCCAAAAAUGAAAGCGGAUUCCAGUGUAAAAAUUCACAACCACAGUAGUAGUGUUCUUAGCACAUUGUAUUACAUGGAUCUAGAUGUGAAUAAUAACAAUGUUGAGAAAUUUCAUGAAAUAAAAAAAAAUUUCGAAGGCAUAACUAGUCGAGGCGAUUCGCAAAUCGCUCCUCCUCAAUGUGGCUCUCCAUGUGAUAUGAUCCAGCUUAGUGAUGAAGGGUACAAUGAAAAUGACAACAUAUGGUAUUUCUCAUCACAGCAUGAGGGAAUAGAGAAGAAAAGAAAGUAUGAUUCACUCAUGAACGCAACGGUUUCGCCUCUACUGAAUAUUUACGGGCUAAUUAGAAAGUAUAAAAGAAAAAAAAAAGACUAUCAAUUGUUUUUCGAAGAAAGAAAUAGUAAUAAUAGUAAAAGUAACAGUAAUAAUAGUAAUAGUAACAGUAAUAAUAGUAAUAGUAACAGUAAUAAUAGUAAUAGUAACAGUAAUAAUAGUAAUAGUAACAGUAAUAAUAGUAAUAGUAACAGUAAUAAUAGUAAUAGUAACAGUAAUAAUAGUAAUAGUAAUGAUAUUGACAGUAUUGUAGCUCGUCAUGCUGAGGUGCAGAAUGCCAUGAAACAUAAUCUCAUUAAUGAAAGGAGUUCAUCUGUGGGGAAUGUCCAAAAUGAUUCUCUACCAGUUGGAUCGCAGAUAAAUAAAUGUCAGCUCUUGAAGACGAAUCAAAAAUUUAGAAAUGGCAAGCGUAAUGCAAUGGAUACAAAGAAAACGAGAGGAGCGAAGGAUGUGAAGGACUCGAAAGAAAUGAAAGAAAUGAAAGAGUCGAUACAAUCGAUUGAACAAGAACCGAUUGAACCAGAACUGAUGGAAUCAGAACCCAUAGAAAUGAAAAAAUCUAGUGUUUUUAAUAAAAACACUUUUUUCGAAAAAAAAAAAUUCUCAAAUAUGCAAUGUAUCACUAAUCCAAUGAGAGAAAACAAUUUUAAUGAAUCACAUUUUGACCCCAAUAGAUCCAGGAAAAGUUAUUUCGAAUAUGAUAAAACGAAUCAGAAAAUUAAUGUCGCUUCAAAUUGGAAUUCUGGAAAAAAAAAUAUAAAAACGUUUACAAAUGAGGUUCCUCUAUUGCUAUCACAUGGAGAGAAAAAUAGUUCCAUCAUACAGAGACCAACAAAUGGAAAUGAAACCGUUAUUCAGAUAAGUGAAUUGUCACCUUUUCCUAAAGAAUUGCCACCUUCUCCAAGAGAAUUGCAACCUUUUCCUGGAGAAUCGUCACAUCUUCCAGAGGGAUCAUCACUUUUGUCAGGAAUUAACUCAAUAAAACAUCCAUCAUCUGAUGUGAUGAGAAACACAAAGCAAGGCGGAAACCCUAAACUGCACAAAUAUCAUGGGCGUUUCAGAAAUUUGACAAACCAAUUAAAUAAUCAGAAAUUUAUUCGAAAUAACAUUCCUAAUGUAUACUGGAAUGAAUAUCAUCCCACUGAUGAUUGCCAUGUAAGAAAAAAUACAAAAUGUCAUUUCUAUGGUAACCUAGGUGGAGAGGUAAAUAUAUCACAUGGGAGUUAUUCCAAUUCGAAUGAUUUGAAAAUGUAUGAUUCCACUGGAUUAGAAGCUAAGGAAAAUUAUGGAAUAACAAACGGAAUAGCAAACGGAAUGAACGCUACCUCAGCCAAUGUUGAAGAAACACACGGUAGUGUUCCAAGUAAAGUAAAUAAUGAGCAGAAUGACAAGGGGAAAACACAAUUCGCUGGUUUUUACAAAUGCAAUUUGAAUAGUAUAACAAAUAUUAAUACACAACAUGGAGAGAACAAAGUAAUUGGAACAUUGGGAGGUAAGUUACCAUGGAACCCCUUGAACAAUGGAGAUGAUGAAAUCAUAGCUAAGGAAAAUAAUAUUACAGAUGAAACAAGCAGAAUUAUUUGUAAAAAUGAAAACAUAAAAGAGGAUGAUAAUAUGUCUAUUGAUGUGUACCAAGACAAUUCAUCUUCUCAUCUGUAUGUGGAAAAUAAUAAUGUAUACACGGCUCCCCAAACAGAUGAAAUACAUAACGAUGAAGCUAUUAGAAUAAAUAUAGAGAACAAAUCACAUCACUACGAUGACGAAGUAGAUGCACAGGAAUUAGAACCCAUCAUCGAUUCAAAAUCUUUGAAAAAGGAACUCAUGAAUUCGAGUCAAAUCAAUUUCGAUCAUGGAAAAAUAGACAUUUGUUCUUCAUUUCAUAAUACCAAGGAGAAAUUAAUCCGUAAGGAAGAGAAAAAUACCAUUUUAUUAAAUUCUUUAUAUAAUGUGAAUCCAUUAAUGAUUGAACAAAAUUUAGAUGUAAAAGGAAUUCACGAAUUUAAUUACAACAAUGAUCAAAAUUUCCAACAAUACUAUUUAAGAACUCCAGAAAUGCACCUUAAGAAAAAUAGACUUAUCAACUUUUCUAAUGACGAACAUUACUAUGAUGUACCACAAAAUGUAUGCCCAAGCAACGGAAUUAUUUUGGAUUAUAAGGUGUCAUCUUAUGAGGAAGAAGGAGCCCCUUAUGGUCAGCUUAAUUUUGCUUGCUUAAAAAAAGAGAAUUAUGUAAACUGCAAUAUGAACAUAGUGGGUGAAAAAAACGACAAUAAUAGCAACUCCACGGCCACAACAACCACUUUUACGAAUAUCAACAGUGCAAGCAAUCAAAAUAACAUCAGCAGUGAUUACAAGGUUAGCAAUGAUUGCAAGGUUAGUAGUGAUUACAAGGUUAGUAGUGAUUGCAAGGUUAGCAAUGACUCACACGUUUCAGGUCAGGACAAAAUUGAUCAAUGUGGUGAAUCGUGUAGAGAAGGGAAAACAAACGAACAAACUAAUCGUCUGCACAACCAAGUUAUUCAAGGUGAAAACGAGGACGAUAGUCGAAACGCAAUAAAAUUGUUGGCAUAUGAUAAGAAGGAUGAAGCAGAUAAUAUGGGAAUAAGCCACAGAGGUGAAGUGGUGGGAAAUUAUGAAAUGGACAAAAACUGUAACUACGAAAUAUUUGGAAAAACAAAAAUGACACAAAAAUGUAAUAAUAAGGAGAGUGGGAAUUUAAAACAAAAAUACAAUUCGUUUGAGAACAGAAAAUCAUUAUCAUAUGUUAGUGCACCAUAUGUCGGGGUGCAAAAUACACUAAAUGGAUAUAAAAUGGAUGAUGGGAGGAAGAAAAAUUUUAUAAAAAAAAACGAAAUUCCAGUUAACCAUGAAUUCACAGAAUUGUUAAACACUAAAAAUAAUUCAAGAGAAGAACCGUUCUUUUUAUCUCAAAAUAAAAAUGAUGAAAAUAUAUAUGGAAAUAUGAUUAGCACAAUAAAAAAUGAUAAGACACAAUGUGCCAACAAUAAUUUCUUUCACUACAGAAAUGAAAAGUUCGAAAAUGGAUAUAAAAAUAGAAGCAUUCUUAAAAAAAAUAAAUACGCAGACUCUAAUUCAAUGUUAAAUCAUGAGGGGAAAAAAAGUAAUCACAUAAUUUACAAUUCCUUAGAGGAAGAACACAGAAAAAGUGAAAGACAAAGAAACAUAAUUGAUAACAAUCAUAAUACAGUAGAAAGCAAAGUAGGAAGUAGAAUAGACAGUACCAUAGGCAGUAGAAUAGACAGUACAGCAUGCAGUAGAAUAGACGGGGAAGCAGACAGCACACUCGACAGUAGCAUUCCUGAGCUGCUUAGAAAUAGUGGUACGUUACUUCACAAAUGUGGAGAAAGUAGAAAAAACAGUUUAAUCCAAAAUACCUUUUUGCCAUCAUAUCAACAAAAUAAAAAAAACAAUUUUGUAAAAUAUGGAAAUUUAAAUAUACCUUAUGUAAAUCCAAGAGAUGAAAAAAAAAAACACCAAAGAAAAUACUUUAAUUGCGCUAUGGAUGGAGGAAAAACACAAUUAAUCAAUGGAACUACCAAUUUUAGUAAAAUUUGUAGAAUUAAAAAUAUCUGUUUGGAUAACUUUUCCAUGAAAUAUUCCCCCUUAGACUCAAAGAAAUAUUAUAAUGCCACAAAAAAUUACGCAUAUCAAAAUAAAACGAAUAUUGAUCUUCCGUCUCUUCCUAUUUCAAAUGAAUAUAUGAAAUUCUCUUCCCUGGUGAAAACCAAGAACCGAAUAAAUACUCAUAAAAAUUUUAUGGAAAAUCAUAUGUUUAAAACGAGAGAUCAUCCAUCCUUCAAUGAAGUUAAGGGGAGUCAUCACAUGCGAGGAGGAAAUAUUGUGUAA